AUGCCGGAAGUACUGGUAACCGAUAAUGGUCCCCAGCUCACUAGCGACACCUUCGAGAAAUUCUGCGAGGCAAAUGGGAUUAUGCAUCUCAAAACAGCACCGUUCCAUCCCCAAAGCAACGGGCAGGCGGAACGAUUUGAUGACACCUUUAAAAGGACCGUCAAGAAAAUUCAGGCCGGAGGGGAAGACCUGGACGAAGCACUCGAUAUCUUCCUGUGUUGCUAUCGGUCCACACCCUGCCGGAGUACACCUGGUGGCAAAUCACCUGCCGAAAUCUUACUUGGCCGACCCAUGUGUACUUCUUUAGAAUUUCUUCGUCCACCGAGCAAAUUCACCAAGUUGGAAAAUAGUAAACAAGAUCAUCAAUUCAACUCAAAACAUGGUGCAAGGGAGAAGAGAUUUGAUGUACGGGACAAGGUGUAUGCGCAGGUGCACCAAGGAAACAACUGGAGCUGGCUCGCCAGAGAAAUCGUAGAACGUAUAGGACGAGUCAUAUACAACGUUUGCUCGGACGGCAACCACGGCUUCUGA